UCAAUAUUAUCAUUUCGCAGCAAUCAUAUGCAUCCGUGCACCGUCGUCUAUGCAGAAAAGAUAUCUUCCGUCGGGUCCCCCGGAAAUAUCAGAUGCUGGCCCCGUACGAAUCAAUCUCCCGGAGCCCCUGCUUUCAGGCGAGCUGGAGCUUCUAUAUACUGGGCGCGGACUUGGGGAAGCGUUAGACUAUCUUUUUUACAAGGGAAGAGAUGGCAACACCGACAUAGAGGGAAACUUGACAGACAAACUACGCAAAGACUUCCUCUCCUUGUGGCGCUCACAUCUUCACUCAGAUAUUCGUAUCGUUAUCAUUGUUGCGAGCGACGCAGCUUCGGGCCAAGAACCUCAGGCAGCUAUUUUCCGGUCACAUCGCUUCAUCCUCGCGUCUCGAUCGUCCUACUUCCGCCAGCAGCUCCGACAAGUUGAGCGAGUAUCCGGCGAGCUCACACUCACCCUCCCAUCCCCACCAUUCACACUGCUCUCUCUAUAUCUCACCCUUGGAUGGAUUUACGCCGGCACGCUGGCCUUUUCCGAUCAGCAUUGGAAUCUUGCUACUGCGUUCGAGAUCAUGCGGUGCGCGACGUACCUAUGUCUCGACGCUCUGUACGACGAGAUUCAAGCGCGCAUCGUAAUGGACAUGAUGCACGGGCUCUUCCAUCCUUUCCUGCUCUUUAGCGAAUACGAGAGCAUCACUGGCGGCGCAUGGGGCGCAGUCGGAUGUAAGUGCCGCCAAUGCACGCGGCGCGCACCUCGUGUACUCGAGUUCGCCCUAGAGGACGAAGUGAAAAACGCGUAUCUCGAACGUGGCGCACGCCGUGCUCUCAUCGCAUAUUUCGGCGAGGGAUGGUGCACUCCGGAAUUCGCACACCUGUUACCGAAGACUCGCCUGUCCAUCCUCAAGGAACUCACAAAGUGCAUCAUACCACUCAACAUCUUCCCACUGCUGUACGCCUCACAGGCCGGCAUGAAGAAGCUGGAGGGGGUCGGAGAACUUUGGGCAGCCGUUUCGCGGGAGAUGUUGGUCGCCGCUGUCGGCAAGAUUGAUAAAGUUCUGUGCGACCAGUCCGCCGAAUGUUUCCGGCAGAAGGAAUGGCUGGACAUCGUGGACACUGCAAACGACGGCAAUGCAGAACGCGACGAAAAGCUGAAGUGGAUCACCAAUGCCGUACAGCGCGGGAUUAAUGAUUCGAAUGCUGCAAAACUCUACCAGGUAUGUGACGAAAGAUUCCCACUGAGCCCUACGGCUCAACGACUGUCAGGUGCUAAAACAGUCAAUACUAUCCCACCCUCAUGCAAGCUCGUUCGUCCGAACGCACGUUGAACAAACCUAUGAGGGCAUAUUGCGCCGAUCACGAACUCGUUGGUUCCUGUCAUAUGCUAUCUGAUAUACGACUUACAGAAAGCUUACAGGGUGCGACACUAGUAAAAACGACGAAGAAUUUCUCAGCCUUCCAGCAAUUCAUUUGCAGCCAUGAACGAUUCAGCACGCUCAACCCGAAGACAUAGCCUGAACAUACGACGAAGGAGGCGUGCUGUCGCUUGUGGAAGUUUUGAAGUAUGAUGUAUAGUGAACUUUGUGUUUAAUUACGUAGUGCAAUUCGAUACGGCCUUCAGUCAUGAGUAUAGUCACGUUCCUAGAGAAAAGUUCUUUGCACCACCGGGCCUGUUUCUAACGUUAACCAUUAAUGUCACAAUUGCUGUGUAUCUCGGGCUCUAUUGACGG